AUGCAUAAAUUUGUAGAAGACGAAAAGAAUCGCAAUCAAAUCUUUCAAGAAAAUGUCAAAUUUGUUCUUGAAUCGAAUGACAAACCAGCUGGAACAUUCGCAUUGGCUUUGAAUGAAUUUGCUGAUUGGACACACGAAGAGUUGGAAAAUUACAGAAAAGGUCUAAACCCACUGGAAGAAGAAAAACAGCAUUUUGAUGAUGAUAGUGAUUCCAAAGAGGAUGAAAAUGCUGCUCGUCGUGAACUAUACGAACUAUAUCUUCAUGAUGUCAAUAAAAAAAGUUCGAAGCGUCGAUAUGGUAAACGUUUUAUUGAGGAUUUGUUUCAUGAUGUACUACACCCCGAUAAGACAAAUUAUGACAACAUCGUUCUGCCUGACUCGUUCGAUUGGCGUGAGAAAAAUCUUGUUAGCAGUAUCAAAAAUCAACUUACAUGUGGCAGUUGUUAUGCAUUUGCUACUGUUGCUGUGUUAGAAACACUUUAUGCUUGGAAAAAUAAUUUGUCAGAAGUAAUUGACUUUAGUCCACAGCAGCUUGUUGACUGUUCCACUGGAAAUAGUGGAUGUAAGGGCGGUCUUUUUGGACCUAGCAUCCGCUACCUGAAGAAGAAUGGUGGUAAAUUGUCAACGCUUGCUUCAUAUCCUUAUACCAGUCAAGCAGAUAAGUGUCAAACAACUGAUACCAAUCAAAUAAAUUUAGGUAAACUACAGUAUAGAUCGAUUCCUACUGGCAAUGAAGUAAUUCUAGCCAAAGCUCUCACUAUUAAAGGACCGAUCUUUGUCGGACUUAAUACUGAUUCAAAAUUAUUCACGUUUUACAAAGAGGGUAUAUACAAAGUAGAUAAUUGUUCUAAUAGUCGAGCAUCUAUGGACCAUGCUUUGACUCUUGUUGGUUACGGUUUCGAUAAAGAACUUCAACUACCGUAUUGGAUCAUUAAGAAUUCGUAUGGAGAAAAGUGGGGUGAAAAAGGCUAUUUACGUUUGGCAAAAGAUAAUGGCAACAUGUGUGGAAUUACAACAAUGGCCUCAUUUGCAGAAAUGACAUGA